ACAGCGAGACAUUGAAAAUAAGGAUGAGCGCCAUGUCUGAUCCUCCGCUGGUGGAAUAGAGCGGACGGCAGAGCGAAUAUUUCCCCGGGGCCGGGGCUCCCGUCGGGGUUCCGUGUGAAUCAUGGCCGACAACGCUGGGAUUCAGCAAGGUUCGCCGGCCAUCGGGGCAGCGGGCCUGGUUCCGGCCGCUCCUGGAGCCGGGGGGACGGAGGGCUCCGGCGCCGCUGGAGGAUCCGCACGUAUCGCCGUGAAGAAGGCGCAACUCCGCGCGUCACCUCGGCCGAAGAAACUGGAAAAACUCGGCGUGUAUUCAUCCUGCAAAGCUGAGGGAGCAUGUAAGUGCAACGGCUGGAAAAGUCAGAACCCCCCUCCGACCCCCCCACGAACCGACCAGCAGUCCAGCGCAGUCAACCUGCAGGAGCCUUGCCGGAGCUGCUCUCACACCUUGGGUGAUCAUGUAACCCAUCUAGAAAAUAUUUCUGAGGAGGAAAUGAACAGACUUUUAGGUAUUGUUCUGGAUGUGGAGUAUCUCUACACAUGUGUUCACAAAGAGGAGGAUGCCGACACUAAGCAGGUCUACUUUUCCCUCUUCAAACUGUUGAGGAAAUCCAUCGUACAGAUGGGCAAACCGAUGUUAGAAGCACAGGACAGUCCCCCGUUUGAAAAGCCCAGCAUCGAGCAGGGGGUGAACAAUUUUGUCCAGUACAAAUUCAGUCACCUUCCCUCUAAGGAACGUCAGACCAUAAUGGAACUGGCCAAGAUGUUCCUCAACCAAAUCAACUACUGGCAGCUUGAAACGCCCUCUCAGAGACGCCAGAGGGUUCUCAAUGACGAUGCAGCGGGAUACAAAGCCAACUACACCAGGUGGCUCUGUUACUGCAACGUGCCUCAGUUCUGCGACAGUCUGCCCCGGUACGAGACCACUCAGAUCUUCGGCCGGACGCUGUUGCGUUCAGUGUUCACCGUGAUGAGGAAACAGCUGCUGGAGCAGGCGAGACAGGAAAAGGACAAGUUGCCACCUGAAAAGCGCACGCUCAUCCUCACGCACUUUCCCAAGUUCCUGUCUAUGCUGGAGGAGGAGGUGUACAGCCACAGCUCUCCCAUCUGGAGCCAAGGCUUCUUGGCGGGAGCUCCAGGAGGGCAGAUACCCAUCCGCCCAGUUAUCAGUGUGUCCCCUGUGGCAAAGCCGUCGUACUACAGUCCCAGCCCCGUGUCGGUGGAACCAUCCACCUGCGGCAGUGUCAGCCCCGCCAGGAAAGCAGCUUCUGCAGCGGAGCCGACCGCAGGUGGAGAAAAGCGCAAACCCACUGAGCCUCUCCCCCACGAGGAGAGCAAGAGACCCAGAGUGGUGGGGGACAUCCCCCUGGAGCUCAUCAAUGAGGUCAUGGCAACCAUCACCGACCCGGCCGCCAUUCCAGAGACCAGUCUGCUGUCGGCUCACUCUGCUCGCGAUGAAGCCGCUCGCCUGGAGGAGCGCAGGGGGGUGAUUGAAUUCCACGUUAUUGGAAACUCCUUAAACCAGAAGCCCAACAAGAGGAUCUUGAUGUGGCUCGUCGGCCUCCAGAACGUUUUCUCUCACCAGCUGCCCCGCAUGCCCAAGGAGUACAUCACGCGCCUGGUCUUCGAUCCGAAGCACAAGACGUUGUCACUUAUCAAAGACGGCCGUGUGAUUGGAGGGAUCUGCUUUCGGAUGUUUCCCUCGCAGGGCUUUACGGAGAUUGUCUUUUGCGCCGUCACCUCUAACGAGCAGGUCAAGGGUUAUGGGACCCAUUUAAUGAACCACCUGAAGGAAUAUCACAUAAAGCAUGAAAUCCUCAACUUCCUCACUUAUGCUGAUGAGUACGCCAUCGGCUACUUCAAGAAACAGGGUUUCUCGAAGGACAUCAAGGUCCCCAAGGCCAAGUACGUGGGCUACAUCAAGGACUAUGAAGGAGCUACGCUCAUGGGCUGUGAGCUUAACCCCAGCAUUCCCUACACUGAGUUUUCUGUCAUUAUCAAGAAGCAAAAGGAGAUCAUCAAGAAGCUGAUAGAGAGGAAGCAGGCUCAGAUUAGAAAAGUCUAUCCGGGGCUUUCCUGUUUUAAGGAAGGAGUUCGGCAGAUUCCCAUUGAGAGCAUUCCUGGCAUACGUGAAACUGGCUGGAAGCCUGUGGGAAAAGGUAAGGAACUGAAGGACCCAGAUCAAUUGUACAGCACUCUAAAGACCAUCCUCCAGCAUGUGAAAAGUCACCAGAAUGCCUGGCCUUUCAUGGAGCCAGUGAAGAAAACCGAGGCCCCCGGGUACUACCAAGUCAUUCGCUUCCCCAUGGACCUUAAGACAAUGAGCGAGCGCCUGAAGAGCAGGUACUACACGACACGCAAGUUGUUCAUGGCCGACAUGCAGCGCAUCUUCACCAACUGUCGUGAAUACAACCCCCCGGAGAGCGAGUACUACAAGUGUGCCAAUUUACUGGAGAAGUUCUUUUACACCAAGAUCAAAGAAGCAGGCCUCAUCGAGAAGUAGAAAAAAAACAGCUGUAUGCAUGGAGAAGUUAGGAAUACGACUACUGAGCAGAGCGGUUGGGUUUCAGAAACACAUAUCUUAAUUUAAAAGAUGCAAACGGGUCUCAGAUCGGCACUAUUUUGAUGUUUGACGCAUGCCAACCCAGAUCCUGAGUCAGUAGCUAAGACUGAUGUUAACACUGAAAGAGUUGAAGGCUUUAUUUAGGCUGUGGCUGACAUUAAGCACAAGAGUCAUUGUGUCUUCUCAUUUCAACACAUAUCCCACGGGCCCAUGGAAACACACGGGGCAGCGGAAGGUGUAAGAAUCAUAUAUUUCAACUAGGACAGAAAACCAGUCAUUAUUUUUGAGGUGGAGAAUAAAAAGUAACAAAUAGCGACAGCUGAUUGGAGAUUGACUCCUUUCCACCUGUCUUACUUUCACCCCCUGCCUUGUUGAUUGUCUGCCUUUUCCUCUCAGCUCAGGUAGAGUUGUAAAGAGCAGUAACCACAUCUGCAUUGUAUGAAGUCGUGACUUAGUGUUACCUGUGAAGAACGGGACGGAGAGUUCCGGUUUCCUGUCCAAUUCACUUUGUUCCUGUGAGCGCGCCCGGAGUUAAUGAGGUUAAAGCUUGUCUGUGAUGAGUUGAUCCUGCCAAAAGAGGAAUACAUACUUUAAAUAUGUACAGAUUUGAAUUAUUUUAAAGCACUUAUACCAAUUGUAUAUUUAAAACGUGUACAUAACAUAUAUUUUCUGUUUCAGAACAAAAAACAAUCUUCUUUUCCCCAAUAAGCCACAUAGGGCAGUUUGACUAAUUGAAUGCACUUUUAUUAAGUAUUUGUUACUUUUUUUUUUUUUUUUUUAGAAUUGUUUUUACACAUCACCGCUGUUAGGACUAACAUCAAUUACCUACAAUUUAUUUUUAUUUAUGUUCUGUAAUUUAAAAGAAUUAUGCUUAAGACAAGGUCUUAAUUUAUUCUUUAUGUUUGUUCUGCAGAAGGAGAUUGAACUUUAUACUUUGGAGAUAUAUGAAAAGAUUGUGCAAUACGAUGUAGUUUUGCUGUUUUGUAAAAAAGUGUUUGUACUUUUCAAACUUUAGGAAAAAAAUACAUUUUGUAAGAUGUCUGGAAAAUGAUCUCAUGCUCUUUGUACAACUGGUUUUAAUGACAUAGUAUUUGCCUAUUUUAUAGCUAAUUUAGGGUCUGUAGUUUUCAACUCAAGGACAUAAAUGGUUUUCCCAGCC